UUGGUAUGUGAAAUGGUAGCUUUGAAGUGGGAUUCUUGAAAGCCCAAGAUUUUAGUGGUUAGAAAUGGCUUCUUUGCCUUCUUUUACUCAAUUUUGUUCUUUACACAGGUGGCAGUCGAAUCUGCCUUCACUAUCUUCAAUAAACUUUGUACAAUUCCCAGAUGUUAGAUUGCGUAGUACAUUUGCUAUUACAGCAGUUCGUAGAAAAAAGGCUGCAGAAAAUCCAUCUGAUGGGGAAGAAGAUGACUCGGAAAAGAAGACACCACGUAAAAGAGCUCCAACUAGAAGAAGAAAAAAAACAGAAUUAGAAGUUUCGGAGGAGAGCCAGAUAGUAGAGAGUAGUAUAAGUAACAUGGAUGAAGGGACAUCAUUGCCUUCUGAGUCAGCUAAGCCCGAGAAACCUCAAAGAAGAACGCGGAAAAAAGAAACAGCAGUUGCCUCUACUUCAAGUAGCUUAGACGAAGAACCGGAAAAGAAGGUGACAAGGCGGAGGCGUACAAAGAAAAAGAUUGAGGAAACAACAUAUGAAGGUAGCGAAACCGAACUUAGUGAGCCCGAAGAAGAUACUGAUAAUGAAAAAGAUCUAGAACUUGAUGCCAUUGACGGAAACGAUAUUAGUUUUACAUACGCAUGGCCUCCUUUAGUUUGUUGUUUCGGACCGAUUCAACAUGCGUUUGUGCCAUCAGGAAGACAGGCCAAUAGACUUAUAGACCAUGAAUCACACGAACGUAUGAAGGACGCGUUGUGGACCCCGGAGAAGUUUGUAAGGGCUCCUGGAGGUUGUGCAGCCGAUGUUGCAUUGUGUCUUGCUAGAUUUGGAAGUAAUGCAGCUGUUAUGGGUAAAAUUGGAGAUGAUGAUUUUGGACAAGCAUUGUUGUAUCAUUUGAAUGAGAGUAGAGUGCAGACUCGAUCGGUGCGGAUUGAUCCGAAGCGAACCACCGCGGUCUCGCGGAUGAAAAUGAGUAAAAGAGGCAAUUUAAAAAUGACAUCUAUCACCCCGUGUGCUGAGGAUGGUCUAAAGAAGUCAGAAAUCAACAUCGAUGUUCUAAAAGAGGCAAAGUUUUUUUACUUCAAUUCAUUCUCUCUUCUUGAUCGUAAAACAAGAACAAGUGCUUUACAAGCUAUCAAGAUCUCCAAGCAGUUUGGAGGGGUUAUCUUUUUCGAUGUGAAUCUACCUCUACCACUCUGGCAUUCUCGAGAAGAAACUCUCUCGAUCAUUCAAGAGGCGUUGGAACUUGCAGAUAUAAUUGAGGUUACCAAGCAAGAACUUGAGUUCUUGUGUGGUAUCGAGCCCUCUGAAAGAUUUGACACCAAAGAUAAUGAUAAAUCAAAAUUUGUUCAUUAUGACCCAGAUGUUAUUGCUCCAGUUUUACAUGACGAUCUUGAACUUUUAUUUGUUACAAAUGGGACUUCUAAGAUUCAUUAUUACACAAAAACACACAACGGUUCAGUUCUUGGAACAGAGGAUGUACCCAUUACUCCUUUCACUUCUGACAUGUCUGCAUCCGGAAAUGGCAUUGUUGCAGGGCUUAUGAGUAAAUUGAUAGUUCAGCCACACUUGAUGACCGAUAAAGAGUAUUUGGUUCACAGCAUUAAUUAUUCUAUUAACCGUGGGGUCUCAGAACAAUGGAUGCAGGCUCGAACACGAGGCUACCCUCCUAAACCGGGUAUGGAAGAUGAUGAGUUCUUCCCUGACCCUAAUGGUUUUAAAACCAUCACAGAAAAAGCAUACCGAACACUCUUUCCUAUCGAGAGUGAUGAUUCAGAAGAUGUAAAUAUUACCAUAAACAGACAUGAGGGUGAUGAUUCGGAAGAAGAAGAUGAUGUUAAUGUGGAGAGACACGAUGAUUAUGAUUCAGAGGAUAUAGGUGACACAGAAUUAGAUGACGAGGAACCUGUACGCAAAGUAAGGUCAGCAAUUGGUGCUUAAACAAGAGUUUCAUGGGUCUUUUGGUUUCAUAAUUUCACAUCAAUCUUUCUUAAACUUGAGACUAAAUGCUACCUUUGAUGGGGAUUAGAGUGAUAUUUUUGCAUUUUGUUGGAUAUGCAAUUUUGUAGUUUCAUCUAUUUAAUGAUAUUUACAUAGUCAUUUACAAA